CCCCUCCCGCCGGGCCGCGUCACGUGCGGCCUGCGGACUAUAAAACACUAGGGCGGCGGUGGGGGGAGGGGCAGGCGCUAGGCGGAGCGCGCGGGACUCACGCGGAGCCGGGAGCGAGAUGAGCACUGAAGCAGAGCAACAGCUUCUUCAUGAUGCCAGAAAUGGAAACUCUGAAGAAGUUAGACAGUUGCUGGAAAACAUGGAUAAAGGAAUAAUACCUCUUAACAUCAACUGUAAAGGCAGGAGUAAAUCUAAUUUGGGUUGGACCCCUCUUCAUCUUGCAUGCUAUUUUGGACAUGCGAAUGUGGUUGAGGAUUUGCUGAAGGCUGGUGCAGAUCUAAAUGUGCUAAACAACAUGGGUGACACUCCUCUACAUCGUGCAGCUUUCACUGGACGCAAGGAGGUGGUGAUGCUACUGUUGCAAUAUAAUGCAGAUACUUCUAUUGUUAAUGGGAGUGGACAGACUGCAAAAGAUGUCACACAUAAUAAGGAGAUAAGAAAUAUGCUGGAAGCAGUGGAGAGGACACAAGAAAGGAAACUGGAAGAGGAGCUUUUAGGAGCAGCAAGGGAAGGAGAGACUGGAAAACUCACAGCACUGUUAAACAAGCCAAAGCCUCCUGACAUUAACUGUACUGAUCAGAUGGGCAAUACACCAUUACACUGUGCAGCAUACCGUGCCCAGAAGCAGUGUGCCUUAAAACUUCUAAAAAAUGGUGCAGACCCAAAAAUAAGAAACAAAAAUGACCAGACACCUUUUGAUCUAGCCCAGGGUGCAGAAAUGAAGCAGAUUCUCAGAGGUAACCUUGGAAAGGUGAUCAACAAACCCCUGAAACGUUAUGACGGUCUCUUAUGGAAGAGUUCAAGGUUUUUUGGCUGGAAACUUUAUUGGGUAGUACUAGAACAUGGAGUCCUUUCCUGGUAUCGGAAACAGGCUGAUGCAUUAAAUGCUCGUCGUCAAGGAUGUAAGCAUCUAACACAAGCUAUCUGCACGGUAAAAUCUACAGACAGCUGCUUCUUCUCUGUCAGAUGUUUUGAUGACACUGUUCACAGUUUUAAAGUUCCUAAAAACAAUUCUCCUCAAACUAGAGAGAACUGGUUGGAAGCUAUAGAAGAUCACUCUGCUUACAGCACUCAUUACUGCACGCAGGAGCAACUGAGUAGUGAUGAGGAGGAAUAUGAUACUGUAUCUGUUGCAGAAUUGGAAGAAACUCUCAAAAAAGCACAAACAUGCCAACAAAGACUAAAUAAGGAGAUUACCGACUUCCUCUCAAUGGCUAAAUCACUGGAUACUGCACGAGGAAUGGCUCCUUCACUGCUGCAGAAAGUUGAAGUGGUCUCUGAAGUAUCAAGAGAAACAUAUGAAGCCUUGGGCAACUGCCUUAAGCUCUUCAUGAAGCAGGAAGGGGUGAGGAAUUUGAAACUGGAGCAUGAGCAGGAGAAAAACAAGAUCUUGUCAGAAGCACUAGAGACACUAGCCACCGAACACCAUGAAUUAGAACAGUCUCUAGUUAAAGGAUCUCCACCGCUGAGCAUCCUUAGUGAGGAUCAAUUCUAUGAUGCUGUUUCAGAUUCAGAAUCUGAAAAAUCAUUAAGUGGAUUUGAAACAGGAACAGCAUACUCAUUAGAGGACAGCAUGGAUUCGAACAAUACAAUAACUUCCAAUGUGUCUGAAGAAAAAGUUGGUGGAGAGUGUCUCUCUAAUGGCAUCAAAAAACACAGAACAAGUUUGCCUUCUCCAAUGUUUUCCAGGAACGACUUCAGUAUUUGGAGUAUCUUGAGGAAGUGUAUUGGAAUGGAGCUGUCAAAAAUCACAAUGCCAGUUAUUUUCAAUGAACCACUGAGCUUUCUACAGCGACUUACAGAAUACAUGGAACAUACGUACCUCAUCCACAAGGCCAGUUUGCUUUCCAGCACAGUUGAGAGGAUGCAGUGUGUAGCUGCAUUUGCUGUGUCUGCGGUUGCUUCACAAUGGGAACGGACAGGGAAACCAUUCAACCCACUACUUGGAGAAACAUAUGAAUUAGUCAGAGAUGAUCUUGGAUUUAGACUUCUCUCAGAACAAGUUAGUCAUCACCCACCGGUCAGUGCUUUCUGUGCUGAAGGACUGAAUAAUGAUUUUGUGUUUCAUGGCUCAAUUUAUCCUAAACUCAAGUUCUGGGGCAAGAGCGUGGAAGCAGAACCUAAAGGGAUUAUGACUCUGGAAUUACUUGAACACAAUGAAGCCUACACGUGGACAAAUCCUACUUGCUGUGUGCAUAAUAUUAUCGUGGGUAAACUUUGGAUUGAACAAUAUGGAACUGUAGAAAUAACUAAUCACAAAACUGGUGAGAAAUGUAUAUUAAACUUCAAGCCAUGUGGCCUUUUUGGGAAGGAGUUGCACAAAGUUGAAGGCUAUAUUCAAGACAAAAGCAAGAAGAAACUUUGUGCACUCUAUGGGAAGUGGACUGAAUGCUUGUAUGGUGUUGACCCAGCUACAUUUGAAGCUUACAAAAAAAAUGACAAGAAAAAUACAGACGAGAAGAAAAACAGUAAACAGAUGGGUAAUUCAGAUGAACCAGAUGAGAUACCUCUGCCAGAUUCUGAAAGUGUGCACGUUAUUCCUGGAAGUAUUUUAUUGUGGAGGAUAGCACCACGACCUCCAAAUUCAGCACAGAUGUACAAUUUCACUAGCUUUGCUAUGGCUUUGAAUGAAUUGGACAAAGAAAUGGAAAGUGUUAUUCCUAAAACUGACUGCAGGUUACGACCAGAUAUAAAAGCCAUGGAGAAUGGUGAAAUAGAUUUAGCCAGUGAAGAAAAGAAACGGCUAGAAGAGAAACAAAGGGCUGCUCGCAAAAACCGUUCCAAGACUGAGGAAGACUGGAAAACAAGAUGGUUCCAUCAAGGUCCUAACCCCUACACCGGAGCGCAGGACUGGCUGUAUUCUGGCAACUACUGGGACAGAAACUACUUCAAUUUACCUGAUAUUUACUAAAAUGCAGUAAGGAACCCAGGGAUAAUGCAAAUAAGUCUUAAUCUGUUUUUAAUGUUCUUUUUGUUUCUACUCAUCUCCUGGAAAAACUGACAAGUUAUUAAACCGAAUAUUAAGCCUCUCCAGCAGUGAAUAUGGUGGUACGGGACCUGAAAGCCCUCAAACAUGCUUGCUUUGGGUUCUGAAAUACUUGAGGGUGGGUCUUGAAUGGGGGGGAAAAAUGAUUCAAUUGUUGUCAUAGUUUAGUGCUAUCAUAUUUGCUGAAUACACCUAUAUUAGGUCUUGGUGUAUAGGAAAUAGAACAUCAUCAGAUGUUCUGUGAAUCCUUUCUUUUAACCAUUACAUUGGCACAACUGAAACCUUUUGAGAUGACAUGGACAGACAUGACAUUAUUGCAACAUGAAUGUUUAGGAGCACCUGUAUGAAUUGCAGUAAGCUGUGCUUAAAGCUAGAGAAGAGCACUUUUUUUUUCUUUUUGUAAAGACCUCCUUAACUUUCAUACAGUGGAUUUCUUUAUUAAGAUAGCUCCCUAGAAUUCUGGUCAGUGAUUCUAGAAAAAUGACUGUCCCCAGAAUGUUGAAGAAGUCAGCUCAGCCGGUAACAUUACUCCAAAGUGUUUAUUCCAUGUUUAGUGCAGUGCGUUUUGAAUUUGCCCUCUUGUUUUGUUGCACACUUCAUUUUGCUGAAGGAAUUAAGAGCCAUUUUGAUAUUUGCAAGUCUUGAUUUUGAACUGCACACUAGUAACAGGUUUUUAAAAAAUCUGUUUUAUGCACUAGAAAUUGUGGGGUGCUUGGCACCAUUGCAGAAUGGCAAAAACCUUUCUAAAAACAAAAAAUCAGGACCCAGUAGAACAUUACUACUGGAGGAAACAUGCAAUUGCGUGUACUAUACAAACAGCUCCUUCGGGGGAGGUCUUGUGCAUGUCUGUCAGUAAGGCACCUGCAUGGAGACUACUGUACACAGCAGCUUUACCCCUUUACUUGGGGUGCAUUAUGUUGAGGAAAUACAUUUAUAUAGAACCAGGGUACAGAGCUUCCAGAGGGCUAGCUGCUCUUUGUAUAAUAUUUUAACUGCUGUCUGGAGGUUAGUGUUAAUACAAAUAAUUUAAUUGCUACUGAAUAAAGGCUUUAAAAUGU